CAUUUUUGGAAUUAAUUAACACAAUGCUAACUACAGGAUUUAUAAGUGCAUUAUUCUCUGACGACGAGAAAGAGACUAUUCAACAAACAAUUUGGGCAGAAACUGAAGCUAAAAUACGUUCAGAUGCUAUAAUAUCUGGUACAAAUAUCACUGUGACAAAAGAAGUUGUCUGGAGAUAUUUUCGUGCAGAUUGUGCUGCUCGUCUACAUAUUGUCCUAUGCAUGAAUCCAGAGGGUGAUACUUUAAGAAAACGAUGUCGAAGUUUUCCUGGUAUGGUGAAAUGUACAACAAUUGAUUGGUAUUUCCCCUGGCCAAAACAAGCACUUUAUGCUGUAGCUUGUUCAUUAAUCGAUCCAAAG